AAGGGAGGCUCAGUGAUUCAAGUGCUCCUGAGAGAGGUUUGUUAAAAUUGCCCCAUUAUCGGCAUUCCUGGCUAAGGUAGCGAGGGAUAGCAACUUCUAGACAGAGGACAAAAAACCAAGGUCUGAACUAGGACGUGGCCAAGCAAGGAAGAGACAUAGAUCAUCAUGGAUGACAAACUUCAUAGCGUAAAAAUCUAUGUUAUGGUGGAAGAUGAGCAAUGGAAAGGCAUAGGUGCAGGUCAAAUUUCAUCCAAAUACAUUGAGCGGCUCCAGGGUGUGUGCCUGAUUGUUCAGUCAGAAUCAGAUGGCUCACUGAUUAUGGAGUGCAAGAUACAUCCUAAUGUGCCCUAUCACAAACAACGAGGGGAGAUAAUCAUUUGGUCUGAAACUAAGAACCAUGGUAUGGCAAUACAUUUCCAGGAGCCAAACGGUUGUCAAGAGAUUUGGGAAGAUAUCUGCCAAGUUCAAGGUAAAGAUCCAAAUGUAGAAAUCACAGAAGAACUUACUGAUAAUCUGAAAACUUUUGAAGAACUUCUGCCAAUCUGGAAUCUCGUUGAGAUGCAAAACUGUGAACUCCAUACACUUGAAAAUAUUGCAGAUUUAUUUACUUUUGUCCAUGAAACACCAAGCCACAAGGAAAGGCUGGUGCUGGUCUUGGAAAAAGGAGUUUAUAUUAAAAAACUGCUACAGCAUUUCAACACCUGUGAAAAGCUGAAGAACAUGGAAAGCUUAUACUAUUUGAAUAACAUAAUUAAAGGAAUCCUGUUUCUAGACAAUACACAUUUAUUUAACAUCAUGUUUUCUGAUGAAUUUUUCAUGGAUAUGGUAGGAUGCCUUGAAUAUGACCCUGCUUUGGAUCACCCAAAGCAGUACAGGGAAUUCUUGACUCAAAAUGCAAAAUUCAAGGAAAUUUUACCAAUAACACACUUCCAACUUAGGCAAACAAUACAACAGACCUACAGAAUGCAAUAUGUUCAUGAUAUUGUAUUGCCCAUACCAUCCAUAUGUGAAUCAAAUCUUCUUUAUGGUCUUAACACUAUGAUUAUUUACAACAAAAUUGAAAUAAUUACCAUGCUGCAGGAUGAUGAAAAUUUUUUGCUUGAAGUUCUUGCUCGGUUAAAAGAUAAUACUGUAGGUAAUGAUAGACGGCAUGAAUUGUUACUAUUCUUCAAGGAAUUCUGUACAUUUGCUAAAACAUUGGAGAAUCUAGAGAAACAUGAAUUACUAAAGACAUUAAUAAAUCUAGGAGUCAUGAGUGCUCUGAAAGCUGUAGUGCACAUGCAUGACUAUCAAAUACAAAUAGCUGCUUUAGAUAUAUUUCCUUAUCUAGUAGAAUACAAUCCUUGCUUAGUCCGAGAGUAUCUACUGGAUGAAGCUCAUGACACUGACGAUGAUGAUCUUUUCCUUAAUAUAAUGAUCAAACAAAUGAUCUGUAAUUCUGAUCCUAGAUUUUCACAAGGCAUCAUUUUGCCAGCAAUUCUUUGUGCUCUUCUUGAUCCAGAAAAUAUGCAUGUUACAGCCAAUGGAUGUGAAGAAAAGGAAUUUCUCAAUUUCUUCUACACACGUUGCAUAAAUAACCUCAUAGCACCAAUUUUGUCUGCCACAGUGGAGAAAGAAAAUGCAAAUAAUAGAGCUAACAUCUGCCCUGAUAAUUAUCAAAAUGCACAAUUACUGGGAGUAGUUAUAGAAAUACUUACUUUUUGUGUACAAUACCACUCAACAUAUAUAAAAAGUUAUAUUUUGGAUAACAACUUGCUCAGCAGAAUCUUGGUGCUGAUGACUUCAAAGCACACAUUUCUGAUUUUGUGUGCUGUCCGGUUUAUGAGAAAGUUGAUUGGUCUUAAAGAUGAAAUUUACAAUCUUUACAUUAUAAAAGAAAACCUGUUUGAACCAGUUGUAAAUGCUUUUAUGCACAACGGACACCGGUAUAAUAUGUUAAAUUCAGCUAUUAUUGAGCUAUUUGAAUUUAUAAGACAAGAAAACAUCAAGUCUCUUAUUGCAAACAUUGUGGAAAACUUUUUUAUUUCUUUCGAAUCAAUUGAGUAUGUCCAGACAUUUAAAGGGUUAAAAAUAAAAUAUGAAGAGGAGAAGAAUGAAUGUCAAGUUAGAAGAAAUUUACUUAAUGUAGUAUGCCAGAAAAUAUAUUGCAUAUGUACCAAUGACAUGGGGUUAAAAGUCAAGUCAGACAUAUGUCAUAGAAGAAUCACAGAAACAAAAGAGGCUAUUUUACCAAAUAGAAGAGACUUUCCAAGUCAUUAUGGCAUAAUUAUGAAAAUUGAAGAAACAAAUGAAAGUGAAAGUGCAAUAGAAGGCCAAAAGAUAAAAUCAUCUGAAGCUUUUGAACGUUGUCCAUCUCAUGGGGAUGCUUCUGCUACCAGAAUGAGUAGGUCACACUGUAGCAGCCUGGUUCCUUUAGUGAAUUACCCAUAUGAUACUGAUGAUGAGAAUGGUGAUGAUCCUUAUGGUAAUGAUAAUGAUGAAGAUGAAGAACCCCCCCAAAAAAGACCUAAUCUUAGUUCAUAAAAUCAUAUGAGUCCCUUAAUUCCUAAUUCAAUUCAAAUUCUGUAACUAUCAAAAAUUGAAUAAUCCAACUUUAAAAAAACCUUUCUCCUAUAAACUUUUAGAUAUGAUAGAAUGUAGAGCAAAAAUAAUGAGUAAGAGGCCUCAAUUUUAUAUGAAGCGAACUUCCCAUAAUACAGAUGCAUAGUAUAAAAUAAACAGCAACCGUGUGAUAACUUCUUUUCAAGAACAUCUUACUUUAACAGCAUUGUUUGGGGGAGAUGAAAGUGUUUGAUAAAGUAAUAUAAUUUUUACUAAAGUCUUUAUAUAAAAAACAACUACAAAGGUUUCAUUGCAAAGCCUACUUUCAAAAGCGUAUCUGGCAAUGACAUUCUUUAUAUAAACUGAAGUUUGUUUAAAGUAUAUGUUGUUUAUGGAAGAUAAAGUCAGAUUUAAUUAAAAGUAAAUUGAGACUUUACAACAUUUCUGUGGAGAUUUAACAAAACUUCAGCAUUAUGAAUAAUAACCAUAGGGAAACAAAAUUCAAUGCAAUUCAGUACCAAUUUUCAUGAAUAAAGGACUAAGCUUGAUCCU